UAAACGCUGUGUUCGACACUGGGACGUUCGUAAAAUGAAGAAAUUUAUAUCAACUGAUCAUCAACACGUCCGCUACAAUCCACUAAAGGAUGAGUGGAUUCUUGUGUCACCGCAUCGCUGCAAGCGACCCUGGAGUGGUCAGACUGAAGACUCGCCGGAGGAACAGGCCCCAGACCCUAAUAACCCGUUGAGAGCUGGUGCUACGAGAGCUAAUGGCCAGAAAAAUCCUAACUAUACAUCGACUUACGUAUUUCCAAAUGAUUUUCCCGCGCUUCUGGAACGAGUCCCGGAACCUCCAGAGUCAGAGCAUCCUUUAUUUGUGUCGUCACAGGCUAAAGGCACUUGCAGAGUAAUGUGUUUCCACCCAGAUUCUUCUAUGACGAUUCCUCUGAUGUCUGUAAAAGAAAUACGAGCAGUGAUUGAUGAAUGGAUAAAUCAAAUGACAGAAUUAGGUCGGCGCUUCACUUGGGUUCAGAUAUUCGAGAACAAGGGUGCUGUGAUGGGGUGUUCCAACCCCCAUCCCCACUGUCAGAUAUGGGCGUCUAGUUUCUUACCCAAUGAACCUAGGGUUAAGGAUAGGUGUCAAAAAGAAUACUACAUAAAAUACGGAAAGCCUUUACUUGCAGAUUAUGUAGAACAAGAAAUAUUGAAAAAGGAACGUAUAAUAAUCCAAAAUGAAGAGUGGAUAGCAGUUAUUCCAUACUGGGCAUCUUGGCCCUACGAAACUAUGCUGUUACCUCUAAAAGGAAGGCCUCAGAGAAUGACAGAUUUAAACGAGAAUCAAAAGACGGCGCUGGCGGAAAUAAUGAAACAUUUGAACACGAAGUUUGAUAAUUUGUUCAAUUGCAGCUUUCCGUAUAGCAUGGGAUGGCAUGGUGCUCCAACAGGCCCCUCCACGUGCCCAGGGGAUUCUCCGCACUGGAUAUUUCACGGCAUAUACCUCCCUCCUCUCUUACGCUCGGCUAGUGUCAAAAAGUUCAUGGUUGGUUACGAAAUGCUAGCACAACCACAGCGGGAUCUUACACCAGAACAAGCGGCUGAGAAACUGAGAGAAUGCGAUCAUUUGGUGCAUUAUAAGAAUAAGAAUGUUUAAAAGGUUAAGGGCAAGGUUUAAAGGUGUUAGAAGCUCUAAAAUAUCAUAUGUACUUACAUGGUAAUCGAUAGAAAGCUGUUAAUUGUGACUGAUAUGUAAAUCAUGGAAGCUUCUUGACUACUUUUAUUUAAGUACCUAUAUAUCAAAUGAAUUUUUGAAAUAAAUCAAUUUGUUAUCUACAA